AUGUCGGUCCCUCCUAAAUACGCAGGCCUUAAGCUCCUCCGGGGAACCCCGCAGGAGACACAGCAUACACUUGAAAUAUUCUUGGAUUAUGUGUGCCCGUUCUCUGCUAAGAUGUUCAAUACAUUCUAUGCCGGGGGUCCUUCGGUUGCCCAGCAGUAUGGCUCUCGGCUUCAAGUAAUCUUCCGGCAGCAAAUCCAGCCCUGGCACCCAUCGUCCACCCUCACCCACGAAGCAGGCGCAGCUGUCCUUCAAUUGGCCCCCGAGAAAUUCUGGGAAUUCAGUGCGGCCCUGUUCAAGCACCAGAAGGAGUUCUUCGACGUGAACGUGGUGAAUGAAACACGUAACAAAACCUAUGAGCGCCUGGCCAAGAUUGCAGGAUCGGUCGGAGUGGACGAGCAAAAGAUCCUUGCCCUGCUGGUGAUCCCCGAAACUCCUGCUAGCCCGGAUGCAUUGAAUGUGGGAAACCAAGUGACCAACGACAUCAAAUGGAUGACCAAGGCAAACCGAGUGAUUGGAGUCCAUGUCACGCCGACCGUCUUUUUCAACGGGGUGGAAGAGCGUGGAAUCAGCAGUAGCUUCACAGAGGCUCAAUGGGGAGAAUGGCUGGCAAAGAAUGUGGUUUGA